CGAAAACAGCUGAUUCGAAAUUCAGUGGAGGCUGGAAAGGGAGAAAGCACCUGCAAAAUAAAAACAAACAGUGUUUACAUAAGAUUUUUGCAUCUUUUCCCGUGCAAAUGCCUGACCAUUUGGAUUCAGAGAGUAAAUUGUGGACAGAUGAUCUUCAGGUGUGUGCCCAAACGGGUGCAGGAUUCGCGACAAAUCAGCAGUACCGAGAAGAUGGUGCAAGAAACAAUGAGGCUUCCUUUAAAUUUCGCGACAGGAGCUUUCACAUAAAAGUGGAUGAGAAUACGUCUCUGUAUGCCAUCUGCUCAGGACACAAUGGGUCAAAGGUAGCCCAUUUGGCCAUUCAGAGAAUUGCAGCAGAGAUAGCUUUUGGUGGCAUCAGUGGCAAGUCCAAUGAGGAAGAAGUCAAAGAAGUCCUCAGACAAACCUUUAUAACUGUAGAGAAGACAUACCUGGAGACGAUAGAUUCACUGUUGGCGAAGAAAGCCUUCAGGCAGUAUGAAAUUCCCGAAGGAAUCAGUCAGUAUGAGAUAUCACAGAAGUACAAGAAUAUCUUGGAUGAACUGAAGCAGAUCAACGAAGAGUUGUCAGUGGGAACUAGUGUUGUGAUUGCACUGAUCUGCCACAAGAAGCUCUACAUUGCCAACAUUGGGAAUUGCCGGGCUUUGCUCUGCAAAAAUGACGCAAAUAAUGUCCUGAGAGUCGUUCAGCUCAGUGUUGAUCACAAUCUCUACAACGAAGAUGAGAUUUUGAGGCUCUGCCAGCUGGGAUUGGAUACACAGGCAUUGCGGCAGGCUCCACUCAGCUGUACUCGAUGCAUUGGAAGUUACAUGAAUAAGUCCGGCUACCGAGAUUGCGAUUUUCUCUCAGGAGCCUCUGCCGAACCCGUAAUAUCUCAGCCGGAAAUCGUAGGAGCCAUCCCUGUAGAUGACACUUGCAGUUUUCUCAUUCUAAUGUCCGGUGGACUGUGCAAGACGCUCCAGGAGAUCUUCUCAACGGAAGUGAGUCAGGUGAACAAGGAGAUGAUCCAAAUGGCAGUUGAGCAAUUCCGGACACAGUCCACAAUGGCCGGAGUGGCUCAGUCCGUUGUCCAUAAAAUUGUACAAUUUCACCAUGAUUUGUACAUGGAACAUGUCCAGGAGCGUGGCAGCGGAGAAACUCCAUUGCCCUUCACACGACGUGACGACAUCACCAUUCUGAUAAGGAAUUUCAAUUUUGUCAUGCCAAAGUUUAACAAGAGAGGUGCUGUUCGAUUCAAUUCCGUGGUCAGGGAGCAUUCUGCCAAUAAUUCUAUCAUCUUCACCGAUAACACUCUGUCCAGUACAAAUACCUCCCAAUACAUCAACACCAACAGCUCAACGUCUUCGUACUCGGACACCAAUCAGGGCAGUCGGUACCGAAGGGAGCAAGAGAAGAUUUCUCCCUAUGUGGAUUUCUCCGAGUACUACAGAAACGUGGAAGAAGCAAAAAAGAAUGGAACGCUGCCGCCAGGUAUUGAUUUUGAUUAGAUUCAAUAAGCCAAAAAUAGUUACAGGGUUCUUCAUGGAAUUUGCAACCAAACUUGCUUUAAUCAUAUCAUACAAGUCAUUUCUAUUAUUCGACUUGCCCAACUACAGUAGACUCUCUCUCAAUUGGGCAUUUGGGGCGAAAUGUCAUCCGGUUUAUCGAUAGAUUUGGGCGUCAAAGCCUUUGUAAAUUCCACAAAAAGCGCUCAUUUAUAAAGAAUCACGAUAAAAUAGGAAGAACUACAGCUAAUUUGAGCGAAUUAGCUUCAUAAUUAAUGUGAAAAUUGUCAACAAAAUUUUUCACCUUAAAAUUUUACUCUUUAAAAAAGCACCUUCAUGUCAUGAAAACUGAAAAGCGAAAAUCUUCCUCCUUAACCUUUCGGAGAAAUUUUUAGUCAGGUGUCUACACAUUAUGAGAAAUUUCUGUCAAAAAUGAGCUUCAAGAAGCCUGCAUCAAAAAAUCUGCCCACACAUUGGUAUGAAUGUUUCACAAAAAAAUGAGUUUUUGAAGAAAAUUUGUCUAAUGUGUAGGCAAUUUCUUUCAAAAAUCAUAUCCAAUUCAAGGUAAUUUCCAUCAAAAAUGUUUGAAGGAAAUUACCCUCUACACAUUGGAACUAAUUUCAUCAAAGUCAUUUUUGACAGAAUUCUUGAAGGAAACCAUUUGGCUAUAUGGACCCGAGUGAGUCCGACAGCCUUACAUAAAACA